AUGUCAACCACGUCUACAACACCAACCAAGGUGAUUGACUCUCAUUUGCAUGUUUGGGCCAGUGCCGAAGAGGCGGCUUCAGGAUUUCCCUAUGCUUCAGGUCAAGAACCACCCGAGUCCUUGAGGAGUCUUGCGUCCACGUCGGAGCUUUUGAAACGAAUGGAUGCUACCGGCGUCGAUGGAGCCUUGAUUGUCCAACCCAUCAACCACAAAUUCGAUCAUUCGUACGUCUUGCAAGCCAUGAAAUCACAUCCGACCCGAUUCAAGGGAAUGCUGUUGUUGGAUCCUUCCUUGUCGCCCGAAGAGGCCGUGUCGCGAUUGGAAGAUUUGGCGUUGCAGGGAAUGGUGGGUGUCCGCUUCAAUCCCUAUUUGUGGCCUAAGGAAGGUGACGACAAAAAGUGGACUCCCAUGUCGACACCGGGUGGCGCAGGAUUGGCAGUCUACAAACGAUGUGCCGAACUGAAAUUGGCCGUUGGAGUCAUGUGUUUUCAGGGUUUGUCCUUGCAUUAUCCAGACAUUCUGCAACUCAUUCAAGAAUCCCCCGAUACCAUGCUCAUUCUAGAUCAUUUUGGAUUCACCGGUUUGGAUGAGGAGGGCAAUGCGGCAUUUCAGAAAUUGCUGGAACUGGCCAAGUAUCCCAAUGUCAUUAUCAAGAUAUCGGCAUUGUUCCGACUAAAAGAUCCUUCUCCCUAUGAAAAAGUUCAAAAAGAGCGACUGGUCCCUCUCCUCGAAACGUUUGGAGCUGAACGACUCAUGUUUGGCACUGAUUUUCCGUUUGUGUUGGAACAACCAGAAUCCUACGAUGGAAUGGUUCAAUUAACAUCUUCUUGGUUGGCAGAUCCCAAAGACAAGCAAGCAGUAAUGGGUGGAACUGCCGAGCGGGUUUUUGGACACUGGGGAGCACCAAUGGUGUCGCCUUCCAACGAGCUGUAG